AUGCACCCUAACGGUUACCGCCUUUCCAGUCGUCAAAGCAAGCGAAAUGCCCCGGGCGCCUACCGCCGCGAGGGCUCGUCCGUGCUCGUCAAGCUCAAGAAAGAUUACCCGCAGCUCUUCUACCUCGCCCGCGCCUUUCGCCUCUGCGUGCAGGCGCUCGAUCUUCUCGCGGUCAUUGUCAUUGCCGUCGACGCGAUCGUCAACAGCUGGACGCUCAACGACUACCUCGGGAACGGCCACUUCUUCCUCACGCCAGUCGCCGCCGCGCGGUCUGCCGACAACACGGGCUACGAAGACCUCUCGGAGAUUGGGCAAUGGAUGACCAACCUCACCGUCUCCAACAUGGUGACCAAAAGCGACAACGUGUACGCAGUCUCGGCCUGGAGGAAGCCAAGCAUCAAGCUCGGCGUCAUGCAGGACGCUACGACGUUCUACCGUGAGAACGCGUUGAGCCAUGCCUUUACGACCGACGACAGCAAGAAUCUUGCGACCGCCGAUGACAACCACCAUCGACUGCUGGCGCGCGGGUAUACCCCGGGGCGCACGCAGACCGACAUGCGCUUCACGCGCGAAUUCGCCGUUGAAAAUACCUCGUCGCCGCAGUCGCGCGUCGUCGACUACUUUCGCAUUUGCCCGCGCACGUUUUGCUCGGGGUGUGACCCGGUGUCCGAGAUAGGCUACAGCAUGUGCAACUUGACACUUGUGUACAACGACAGCGCCAAGACACUCACGGUGACAUCGGCGGUGUACGUACCCGGCUCCACGUACGAACUUGGCCUCAUGCUUCCGCGGAGCUCGUUUGGGAUCGUCGCACUCUGGGCCAAAUUGGUCGCCAUCUUCUUUGCGGUUGGCGGGUAUCUCGCGAGCCGCCGGACAGUCCAGUGGCUCGAAGUCGAUGUGACCAAGACGAGCUCGCUCUGGACGCGGCUCCUUCGCACGGUCAUGCCCAAGUACUUUCCCCACCUGUCCCACGCGCUCCCGUACGCAAUGUUUUGCUACAAUUCCGACAUUUUCGUGUUUCUCUACAGCGGCAGUGUCCUCUUUGACUUGCAGAAUUGUCUCAUCUUUAUCCGCAACGUACACGUCUACAACACCUAUGCAAAGCAAUUUGACGCGACCUUUCGGACCUUUUCGCUGAGCACGCGCUUGCUCUGGCUCAACUGCGCGUUUCUCAAGCUUGCCAAGAUCCUCUGGCACAUUAUCGGCGGCGCGUCGUACUGCGGCGAGAGUCGCCUCAUGGCUCUUCUCAACUAUUCCAGCGUCUUGUCUCUGUACCUCUCGGCCAUUCUACUCUUUUACGUCCCGCCCUUCAUCGAGUACAACAACUCGGUGACCUUCGACUUGGUCAACACGGUCGAGCGUCUCGACGGCGUCCGUGUCGACAUUUUCGAGAGCUUUUACUUUCGGUGUGCGACCUCGAUCGGUGCCGGAAUGGUCGUCAAC